GGAGGAGCUUGUCGACACGUCAAACGCGUCAUUUUCCGGCCGAUGAGUCGGCUAAAGAGAACUAAAGCCAAGCUGAGCCAAGUCAAGUCAGGGUCGACAGCAGCACCGUAGGAAGAGACGCCAUUAUGCGACUUUUCGUCUGACCGGCGUGCAGUGUUGCACAUGUAGGCAGCUUAAUUUAGUGCGGUGUCUCCGGCACUUCGCAGCCAACAUGGGGUGCUGCGUGGCUGUGAACUGCACCAAUUCGCGUGCGAAGGGCUUCCGCAUGUACAGGUUUCCCAGAGACCCCAAGAGAAAACGCAUAUGGGAAGAAAAGACAAAACGUGGUGGCGGCUGGAGACCUAAUGCGAACAGCGAGCUGUGUGAGGCACACUUUGACGACAGUCAGUUCGAGUCGCGUCGGGCUGACGGCUGGAGAAAACUGAAGCCAAACGCCGUGCCCACCAUUUUUGCCCACAGUGUUGUUCGUGUCACAAGGAAACCGCCCAAGAGUCGGUUGCAGCCCCAGGGUAUAACAGUGCCGCUGAGAGAGGACGCAAGGACUGCUGAGUCUACUUCAACCUCACAGGCUGGACAGACGUCUACAGAGGCAAUAGGAGGUGCACCUGCAGUUUCGCUGAUGAAGGAUGGCUGUAUAAUGACCCCUGCAGAGGAGAGAGCUCACCACCCAGCAGACAACUUCAGGCUUAUCAAAUACUUGUGCGCCCAUGUUUUCCACAUGCAGUGUCAGACAUGGCUGUUCCAGAAAAGGAGUGCACUAUGCAGGACACAAACACUCCUGAUGCCGUACAGGACCUUAGCACCAGACAGCCCAUCCCAGGUUGAAACACUGGAGUACUCACUGAACAGCUCUGCCGCACUUUAUCCUGAGGCACCAGCGAGCCCACUGAUGGUCGACACACUGGACAGUUGUUCACCCACAUGUCAUCCAGAGGACACAGAUAAACAGGCCUGUGGCAGUUCCUCCCAGCCAAUGCAUGGAGACACUGCAAACAUCUCAUAUGUUUUGCACAAGCAAAUGUGUGACCAUUUGUCUGUGUUGUCCCGAGACACUACCAUGCCAAUUGACGUCAUGGACACCAACGCUCCUGAUGCCGUACAGGACCUUAGUACAUGCAGCAUUGAGCUCGAGCCACCAGACUGCCCACCCCAGCUUGAAACACUGGACAGCUCACAGAACAACUCUGCUGCACUUUAUCCUGAGGCACCAGACAGCCCACCCCAAUAUGAAACACUGGACAGCCCACUGAACCAUUUCCCUACACUUCACCCUGAGCCACCCGACAGCCCACAGCUCAUUGAGACACUUGAUAGCUGUUCAGCCACAUCUCAUCCUGAGGCAGCCGCUGGUGAUCAGCAGAGGUUGCUGCAAAGAAUUGCAGAGCUGGAACGCCAGUGUCGCAGAGAAAAGAAGAAAGUCAGGAAGCUGCAGGAAGAGAAGCAAAAGUUCUCCGAGAACCUCAGUUCAGUAUUCAACGAGGACCAACUGGCAUCACUUUCACGGUCUAGCAAUCGUGGGAGCAAGUGGUCAGAAGAAACAAUAAAGAAGGCCCUGCAACUGCACUUCUCCUGUGGAAGUUAUGAGCGCUAUGAGUAUCUUCAGCCACUCUACAGCAGUUGCUCUCCGCACCAUGGUCGAGGAACAUGGCUGGCCAGAGCAAACAUUGGUGACAGCGUGGUUCAUCGACCAGGUGAAUCACUGGUUUGACUUGAUGUGUAGCCGCCACCCUGUUAUGGCACUGAGUCGCCACAAUACCGCAAAAUACGAAGAAGCACUAAAAUUUCUGCAAGUGUUCAUGGGCAUGUUUUCCCGCCUGAAAAUUGGAAACGGGCACUACAAGCCAUGCCAGGCAGGCGUCCUCCUCUCCACAACCUCUAUGCUCGAGUUGCAGAAGCAUCUUCUGGAAGACCUGCACUUCGACUUCCUGUUGACAUCCAGAUUUACUCAAGAUAGCCUUGAGAAUUUCUUCUCUACAGUACGCCACAGAAACCCGAUUCCGACGCCCCUAGAAUUCAAGAUGUCGCUGAAGAUAAUCAGCAUUUCGCAAUACCUAAAAGUGUCCACAACAGGAUCCUACGAAGUUGACGAUGGAACAUUUUUCUUGGCUGAUUUUAACACAUCGAAGGAAAAUCAAGCUCCACAACCAAGCACUGAUCCUGACAACCUUCUGUAUGGAAAGCCACAUCUCACAAAAGCUGAAGAAAGUGCGUUCUUCUGUUACUGUGGGUACAUUGUGUCACGUGUCCUGAAGAACAAUGUGACCUGCAGGGAAUGUGAGAGUGGCCUCACUGAAAAGCCCAGUAGUACCUCAGGCGUGCACAGUUUCACCACCAGUAAGUGCUUCAAGGAAGGUGCAUUGACGUACCCGUCUCCAGCUGUGUAUGACAUGCUCCUCCUUUGUGAAAAUGUUUUCAUAAAGACAAUAGGAAGUUGCAUGGACAAGGACAAUAUCCUUUGCACCUUGCAUAGUGCAAUGCUUACUGCUGCAAAACACGUGCCACUCACAAACUGUCAUGGUGUGAAGGACAAGAUCAUUCGCCGGUUUUGCCAUGCACGUUUACAGCUGCACCUGUCUGACCUGAGCAGACAAAUUAACACUAAAGUGAGAGACAUGGGCAGCAAAAGCAUGUGCGCCCCACGUCGACAAAAGUGACACAGAACAGAACAGUGACAGUGUACUUGAUGAACGUUAUUGUGCGGAAUCAUGAUUUCCAUUUUAUUCAUAUGUUGUAGAACUGUGACAGUCUACAAUCUUGACUUCGUGCAGUUUGACAAUUUAAAGAAGGUGCAGUUUUCUUUUUGCCCAUUUGUAGUGAGUGAACAUUGGUAUAUCCAAGUGUGCGUUUCAGCUAGGUUUUAUUUUGAUCAGUGUUGUGUAUGUCUCAACUUUGUGCCUGAACACUGGAUAGAUUUUAGUUGUUUGACUAAAGCUGGACUGUUUUCUUAGCGUGAACUGUGUAUUCUUAGUGUAAUGUAUGCCAUUGUUCCUCCUUGUGGUAUCCCCACCUUGCCGUGGUGAGGAGGCUUGUGUGCUUCUGUGAAUUUAUGGGCUAAGCCAGCCGUAGUUACACUACUGUAAUUAGCUGUGUACUACAUCAGGGCCACCCAUGCUGGAAAGGCCAUAGCUGAGGGGCUAGACUAAGAGGGAUACAUAAAAAUGCUUGUUUUUGGUGUGUAGUCUUUAGUUCCUCUCUAGCACCCACGUGUAUGUUAUCAUGCAAAGGUGUAAGGACAAUAGGCAAUAAAGCCUAAUUUUCAGUUAUUGCA